CAACUGGUGUGAUCAUUGCUUGCUAUUUAGUAAGGUGUUCUUCGAUGGCUCAAUUCAUGGAUUUACGUGCAUUCAUCAUGCGUGCACGUGUCUUGAAAUUUUAUAGGCAGGCACUUCGCAUCACUCGCCGAGCUCCUGAGCACGCUCGUGAUGAGCUGAGGCAGACAGUAAGGUUGGAGAUUGAAAAGAAUCGCCACUGUGAUGAUAAGGCAAAGAUUAGGUUUCUAAUUAGUGAAGGACUACAAAGAUUAAAAGGUCUUGAUGAGAUGCUUGACAUGACAGGAAGAAAUUGA